GCGAGUAAAAAGAGAGGUGCAAAUGACAAAUAGCGACCAUUAAUUUGAAGCGUCUCCUAGAGUAUUCCGGACUCGGGAGAAAAGAAUAAAGUAGACAAUUUCGCCAUUCCAGUCUCCAGAUUUAAAUCGAGAUCAAGAGAAUAACAAAAAAUGGAAGAAUUGCAAUCUGCUCUGAAUGCUCACAUGGACCAAAUGUCAGAUCUAGUGGAAAAGUUGACGGCUGAACUCCGCUCUGGACUCAAUCCUGCUUAUGAAAACUUCAUGGGCUUCUUCCAUGCCAUUGAUUGGAAGGAACCUUGGUUGAUAUGUCUUCUCUCCUUCCAUGUGGCUUUGCUGCUACUAACUCUUGUUUCAAGGAAGAACAUCAACUUCCAGAUGUGCUUGUUCCUUCUCGCAUUGGCAGGAGUUUAUCUUGCUGAGAGGCUUAAUAGUUUCUUGGCUGGAAACUGGAAAAACUUCGCAGGCCAGAAUUAUUUUGACUCACGUGGACUUUUUCUCUCCACACUCUGGUCGGGGCCAUUGUUGGUGAUUGCAAUCAUAAUCCUGGUGAACACCUUAUUUUCACUUUGUCAUUUGAUUGUUAGAUGGAAAAGGGCUGAACUCAGACAUCGAACAAGACUAGCUCGUAGCAAAGAGGAUUGAACUGAUCUGUUCCUAUAUCAAGAUACCUCGGUUCAAGUGUUAAAGUUCACCGGAAGCUUGUGCUUUUUGUUUCUCCUACUCUGCUGUCUUAUUUCAGGAGAAAUUUGGUAUGAAAUGAGACGAAGGAUCAGUUCUUGGUAUAACAUUAGUUUCAUCAUGAGUUAAUUUGGACAUACUAUCUACCAUUUCGAUGAACCAUAUGCUUAUGUAAGGAAAUGAAAAAAAUUACCAUUUUUGGCUCAAAAUUCGAUUGUCUUCGCCAUUUUAUUAUUUUGAGUGUUAGUGAUUAUGGUGAUGGCAUUUUAAAUUAAUAUAUAUGAAUUCAAUGCGAGAUGUUAAAUUUA